AACGACACCACCACACUCGAUAUAUAACAAACCAAAACCCACGCUGGUUCACAGGCAGUAGUUACGUGUUGUCUCUGACCCAGUUUGCACACUCCUCAAUAACUCAUCGAAGAUUUCUUGUGGUCUAUCUGAUAUUAGAAGUAGAAGAAAGAAAGAGAGAUGAAGGAUCAAAAGAGUGAAAGUGGUGGUGGGUAUGUGAGAGCAGAUCAAAUAGAUCUCAAGAGCUUGGACGAACAACUGCAAAGGCAUUUAAGUACUAGAGCAUGGACGGUGGAAAAGAACAAAAGCAAGAACGAUGGAGAUCAAGGCGAAGGAGAAGGAGAAACGCAAAGACUCACCCAGAAUAAUAACAGUACAACCAUAACUAGUCAUGAAUGGGAGAUUGACCCCUCCAAGCUCAUCAUCAAAAGUGUUAUAGCUCGUGGCACCUUUGGCACCGUUCACCGUGGCAUUUAUGAUGGCCAGGAUGUUGCUGUUAAACUUCUUGAUUGGGGGGAGGAAGGACACCGAUCAGAGGCCGAGGUAGCUUCUCUGAGAGCUGCUUUUACACAAGAAGUUGCCGUUUGGCACAAGCUUGAUCAUCCUAACGUGACUAAGUUUAUUGGGGCUGCAAUUGGCUCAUCAGAGUUAAACAUACAAACAGAGAAUGGUCACAUUGGCAUGCCAAGUAACAUUUGCUGUGUUGUUGUCGAAUAUUGCCCUGGGGGUGCUUUGAAAUCUUACCUCAUAAAGAAUAGGAGAAGGAAGCUUGCUUUUAAAGUGGUUGUUCAAUUGGCACUAGAUCUUGCACGAGGGUUGAGCUAUCUCCAUUCUAAGAAGAUUGUCCAUAGAGAUGUCAAAACUGAAAAUAUGCUUCUGGACAAGACACGUACAGUGAAAUUAGCUGACUUUGGGGUUGCUCGCAUCGAGGCAUCAAAUCCUAAUGACAUGACUGGCGAGACUGGAACGCUUGGGUACAUGGCACCAGAGGUUCUCAAUGGCAAUCCGUACAACAGAAAGUGUGAUGUGUACAGUUUUGGUAUCUGCCUGUGGGAGAUAUACUGCUGUGACAUGCCAUAUCCCGAUCUUAGCUUCUCAGAAGUGACAUCUGCUGUUGUGCGACAGCUCAUCUCACAACCAAAGCUUUUAUGUCAAAUUACCACCCUUUCCUCUUUCUUUUACUCUGAAUCUGAGGCCAGAAAUUCCUCGUUGCUGCCCGAGCUCUCUUGCGAAUAUAAUGAAGAGAUGCUGGGAUGCUAAUCCAGACAGACGGCCGGAGAUGGAGGUGGUUGUUUUCAUGUUAGAGGCAAUUGACACGUCCAUGGGUGGAGGUAUGAUCCCUCUUGAUCAGCCUCAAGGUUGUCUCUGUUUUCGCAGGUACCGAGGGCCGUGAAAAACUUCGUCCUUGAAGUAAACUUCGUCCAAUUCGUCUCAUGUUCUGUUCAAGACACUGGCUUAAAGAGCUGAGGGUAGAGUCUGCGGAGACUAUAGGCUAAGAAGAACCUUGCGAUACCGGUUUCUUUACUGGACAAUGGAUUCUGUUAAGCUUUAUUUAUGAAACUUGAACGUUAGUUCUUGCUCUGUUUUUAUGUUUCUUGAUCGAUUGAACGUUAAUAUGAUGGAUGGGCGGGCCCUAUACACCCUUUCUGGUUGA